AUGGCUCAGCAGGCUUUCAACGCCAGCAUGAUCCUCCUACUUGAUGCCAUGGAACGCAUGUCAGUCACAUCUGGCGCGGUAAAGGCGGAAAAGGCGUUUGUGGUUUUCCAAGAGCUCCAGAACAUUCAUUCGCUUGCGAGUUUAGCCGUCGAAAGGAUCAGCUGGGGACUAGCGAAGCUGCACGAGGUAACACAAAUGCCGUCAGGGCAUGCUGGAACACGGGAAGCUCAGGGCUGUGAGAGCGAUGUGGCAAGAGUUUGGAAUGAGGCAAUCAACGCCCCACAUGCAAUGUACGAAGACUCUGUCAUGAAUGCGACAGGUAUGUUCCUGCUCGAAGACCCAGGAUUGCAGGGGUUUGUCCCAGAAGCUUUCGCUCCAAUCGCAUGGAAUUUGGGAGGAGUUGAGCCGCCGGAGCCAUUUCAGCUCAAGCGUGAGGGGCAAGUGUCACCAGGCGGCGGACCGAUGGAUUCCCCAGAAUCCGAUGAAGAUACAGAGGAUGCUCGAUCAGUGGGAGAUGAGACACAACUCUUGUCCUUCGCUGCACUUGCCUGCUUCUGCGCCACUACCAGCGCGCCCUACAUACUCCUCUCCGGCUACGUCUAG